AUGAACGACUAUCCACAAUACGCUGCACCACAAUCAACAUCAACAUCAACAAGCAGAGAUAUGAAAUCGGUCCCGCUUUACCAACAUGAUCAAAUACCUUAUUCCUCAUUCCAACAACAACAACAGCAGCAUCAACCUAAAAGACCAUCAGAAGAUUUAUCAUCCAACCCAAUUAACGGUGAUCUACAAGAUGUCAUCUUUUAUUAUCAGUCGCAGCCAGACAUGUUACGCUUGAUAUUGCAAAGCAAGGUUGAAGAGGAUCGACGUAGAGCAGAAGAAGCCAAGUUGCGUGCCAAAGAACUUGAUCUCCUCAUGCUUCAACAACAACAACAACAGCAACCAUCACAGCAAACGACUUUCACCCAUAUUACCCAAACACCCACCCCUGUAUCUUUUGAUGAACCAUCAUCCUUUACUCGCCGACCUACACCUGAUACCUUAAUAAGCGAUCAUCGCUCACCAACUACGUCGCUAUCCAUGGGUGGUGCAAGCACUCAAUCUGAUCAUAGUGAGAUGUUUUCUCCUAUUACCACAUCCGCUGUACCGGCUGGUCCGGGUAACGUUGCCAUGUUUCCAAUGGAUAGUUAUCCUCCUGUAUCCAAACCUUCGAUAUCAUCAUCACCAAUCAUGCCCAACAAUAACACUACUACCAUGAUGGAUGAUAAUGUAUUCCAUUUGCAAUCCAAUGACAUGUUUUCAUCUCCGUAUCCAUCACAACCACUGCAACAAAAUGCAUCGUCAUCAUCACCACCUAUCCAACGAUAUGAACCUUAUUAUCCACAUCGACCACGAAGACGACGAGAAAUGCAAGCCGUAACCAAGAUUGUCGAGACUCGGGAAUACCCUUAUGCCGAUGGCUACUUUUGGAAGAACAAUGGCAAUACGAUCCAGAAAAAAACAGGCAACAAGAGCGUCUACUACAAGUGCUCAAAUAGUGCCAAGGGCUGUCCGGUAAACAAGACUGUAACAUGGAAAGGCAACGGCGAGUACUUGAUUAAGUACCGUGGCGAGCAUUUACCAGACUGUGGCCAUGUACAGCGUGUUUUGGAUAUGUAA